GAGCUGCAUUAGCAUCCGGCCGCCGAAUCGGGAUUCCUUCAACUUGAACAAUCUUUUCCGAAGUAUCGCCGUUGUUUGCGGAGAUAAUAGCAGCCGCUCAGCCUUUCGCUUGUAGUGUCGCCGCCGCGGCGGUCCUAACCUCGCGCCUCGCGCGUCAACAGAGCCUCUCUCUGCUCGGACGCGAGACGCCGUUGGACGGCGGCGUCUCAUUGGCCCGGCGCUGUAAACUUCUCGGUCGGCAGCAACCGUCCUUCCGGCAUCCGCCCUCUUGCAGCCCCCAGCUGUACUCGCCCCAGCCGAGGGCGAGGAUCCCCCCCGACUCCGGAGAGCACGGAUGGACAGGUACAGGAGGACGUCCUUCGCCAGCAGGAGCCACGAGUCGAGGGUCCCUGAAGCUGAAGCAAGUCGAGGCCCCGAGGCAGGCCCUUCCCAGGUGAGGCUGCAGCGCGUGGACGGCGUGCGCAUCGUGGUGCGCGCCAGGAGCAGCGACAAGCGGUGCCACUCCGCCAAGGAGAAGGGGACCGCCUGCGCCCGGGAAGUGAAGCACGAGCAGGGCUGCCUGCGGUACCGAACUCCAAUCAAUACUGUCUCGCCAAGGUUACGCAUUACCCGCCGGCUGGCUUUUCUUUGCGAGCUUCAUCGCGGCGCGGUGGAAUGA